AUGGGCACAUAUAAUAGUGUUCCUCCAAACGCAACUUUUUUUAGAGGAGCUUUUUCUGGAGGCGCUACCGAUAUUCGUUUAAAAGAUGGAGAUUAUUAUGAUUUUGAUUCAUUGAAAAGUCGAAUUAUGGUAGCUGCUUCAGGAGGCUCUCUUGAAUGGCAGCUUUCUACUCCAUCACCUGCAGGAGGUUUGUCAUCUAAUUACUCAAUAACAUCUUUCAAAGAAGAAGGAAGUCCAUUGCUUCCAAUUAAAAUUUUCGGGGCAAAUCAAACUCAUCCUGGUUUUUCAAAUGAUAUAAGGGUUUUGUCAGGAAAAUUUGGAAUACCUGGAUAUACUACAAAUGCAACUCAAGAUUGGGGUGGCACAGGAGGAAAUGGAUAUUAUGCAGGAGCCUCAACAUUGAUAGCAGGUGGAUCUACAGGAGGUUCUUCAUUCAUUUCUGGACAUCUUGGUUGUGAUGCAAUAUCAAAUGAAUCAUCUUCAUUUGAAGACAUACAUCACACUGGUCAACCAAUACAUUAUAGUAACUUGUCUUUCUUUAAUACUCAAAUGAUUGAUGGAAAGGGAAAGACACCCCUUCCAUGGGUUCAUUUUAAGCCUCGAGAUUAUGAAUAUGAAGAAUUUUAUGAGACAGGACGAAGCGGAAAUGGCUUCGUUCGUAUCACAGUUUUGAAUGAAGCAAUUGUAUUAACUUGUCAAUCUAUUCAUUCUUUAUCAUCUUUUGACAUAUUCCUACAAGUUGUCUUCUUUUCUAGAGCCUAA